AUGAGCAAGAAGACAAGAGACGAUGGCUUGUUAGACUCGGGGUGGCAGGAUGUGCAGAAUAGGACAUUCACGAAGUGGUUUAAUAGCAAGUUGAGCGUGAGGGCUAUUGCACCGGUGGAGGACCUGAGUAAAGACCUAAGUGAUGGAAUCAGGUUGAUUCAGUUGCUGGAAAUCAUCGGCGACGAACCCCUCGGCCGGUACAACAAACUCGCCCGCAUGCGCGUCCAAAAAGCCGAAAACGUCGCCAAAGCCCUCGACUUCAUCAAAAUGCGCGGCGUCCAAUUCACCAACAUCGGUCCCGAAGACAUCAUGGACGGGAACCUCAAGCUUAUCCUCGGACUCAUCUGGACCUUAAUUCUGCGUUUUACGAUCGCGGAGAUUAAUGAGGAAGGGUUAACGGCGAAGGAGGGUUUGUUACUUUGGUGUCAGAGGAAGACGGCUCCGUAUAGGGAGGUCGAUGUACAGAAUUUUUCGACGAGUUGGAGGGAUGGAUUGGCGUUUUGUGCGCUUAUUCAUCGUCAUCGGCCGGAUUUGUUGGAUUAUGAGGGGUUGGAUAAGGAUGAUUGGAGGGGGAAUACGCAGCUUGCUUUUGAGGUUGCGGCAGAGCAUAUUGGGAUUCCGCAGUUGUUGGAGGUGGAGGAUGUGGUCGAUGUGGAGAAGCCGGAUGAGCGAAGUGUGAUGACAUACGUCGCACAGUACUUUCACGCUUUCUCCGCCCUUGACAAAGUCGAAACCGCCGGCCGCCGCGUCGAAAACUUUAUCCAAAUGAUCAUGUCCGCCUGGGAGAUGCAAUCCUCCUACGAAUCCCGCAUGCGCGCCCUCCUCUCCGUCAUCUCCUCCAUCCAAUCUCACUGGUCAACCUCAACCUUCGACAACUCCUACGCCGACGCCAAAAAACAAUCAAACGAUUUCAACGAGUAUAAGAAAUUGGAAAAGAGGGAGUGGGUGAAAGAGAAGACUGCGUUGGAGAGUUUGUUGGGAAAUAUUCAGACGAAGUUGAGGACGUAUGGGUUGAGGGGGUAUGAGCCGCCGGAGGGAUUGGGGCUUGUGGAUUUGGAUGGGGCGUGGAGGGGGUUAUUGUCGGCCGAAGCUGAGAGGAGCCGGGAGAUUAAUGGGAAGAUCAGGGCGAUCAAGGAGCAACUCCGUCGUGACUUUGCGGAUAAGGCGAAUGAGUUCUCACUUUGUUUGAACACUAUUUCGCUUCAGAUCUCGUCACUUCAUGGGUCGUUGGAGGAGCAGCGUCAGCAUGUCGCGACGUUGAGGGAUAAUAUCACUCCGCUCGAGGAUGAAGUGGAGGAGUUGAGGGAGUUGGAGAUCGCGUGUAUCGAAGCGAACAUCGAGGAAAACGACUACACAGUGUACACCUACGACGACCUCGAAUACGAACUCGCCCUCGCCGAAGACGCCGUCGCUGCUAAACUCGCAUUCAUCGAAAACCAGAUCAUUGCCCGGAAUAUGACCAACAUGACCCCCGCCCAACUCGAAGAAUUCGAAUCCGUUUUCCGCCAUUUCGACAGGGACCAUACCAACGUCCUCGAACGUCUCGAGUUCAAUGCGGCACUCGCUUCGCUCGGUCUCGUCUACCCCGACGAUGAAAUGGAAUCCCUCUUUUUCAAAGCCACACAGUCACAAUCCUCCGGCGCAUGCGCAGACUACGUCACAUUCGAACAAUUCAUCCGAUUCAUGGUCGAUGUUACCGAAGACCAGAAUUCACCGGAACAAGUGUUGAAGAGUUUUAGAGAUGUGGCGGAUGGGAAAGGGUAUGUUAUCUCCACCAUCGCCUCCAUAAACCUCACAUAA